AUGACAGAAGCAGUAAGUGCAUCUCCGGAUGGAAUGACGAAAGGUCAUUUCAUCGCUGCUCUGGCGCUCUGCUCAGCCACCGCCUCGGCUGAGAACAACGUGGUCAAGAAGAAUGGCACAAAGAUUGAAGGGCGCAGCUUUCUCCUCAGCGCCAUCAGCGGCAUUGGCAGCUGCCCGCCUUGUCCAUGUGGUUACGGCAGCAUUGGUGUCAGCGGAGUAGGCCCAGCGAUAGGCAGUGGGGCCGUUCUGGGCUCCGGUGCAGGUCACGAGCAUGGCAAGAAAGCUGCUGGUCUGUCAGGCACAGCUGUUCACACUUCUGGCACUGGUAUUUCUGGUGCAGUUUUGCAUAACCAUGGGCUCGGAUCCGGUUUGAACGUUGGACACGGAACGCCGGUCGUGGUGUCUGGUGCAAGUGUUACUCCCGAGAUACGUCACGUUGCUCCUGGCGCCGUCAGGGAUCAAGGUCUAGUGACUGGUGGAGGCGCCGGCUUGUUGGGUAUUCCCAUUGUUAGCACUCCGGGCAUCGGAGCUGGCGUCGGGGCUAGUGAAGCCGCAGCAGCUACCGGUCACUCUGGUUCCCGAAGUGCCUCUGGAUUCGUCAACAAGGCCGGAGGUCAUAAAGCAGGCCAAGGAAGAUUCGCCUACAAUGUCGGUGACUCAGACAGCAGUUCGCACGGCCACAGAAGUUUGUAUGGUGACUCCAAGAACUUCGGGGGGAGUGCAAGCGAGGGCUCUAGCCGCGCUCAGGGACAAGGAAGCCACGGAAGUGCGUUUAACAAGCAGGCAGCGGGAUCCGAAGCGUCCAACCACAUCUCUGGGACCAACACUAAAGUUUCCGGCUGA